AUGAUCGAAACACGUUUACAAUUAUGUGAUAAUCAUUGUCAUUUCCACCCUGAGACAACAACAGAUGAUGCUGUGAAAUUUGCCACAAUUCUCAAUAAAGAGAAUGCAAACUCACCAUUUUGCAAAUAUUUUUUCCACUUAAUGACCACUCAGCAUAUUGAUAUUGAAUGUCUUGAUGUCUUACUUAGCAGAGUUGACAACAAAGAUAUCAUCGUCCCUUAUUUUGGCGUUCAUCCUUGGUUUAGCCAUUUAUUUUACACUGGCGAUACAAAACCAAACAAAAUUGAUCAUUACAACAAAGUUUUGAAACCAACUUUUUCAAAUGAAUUACUAUCUAACCUUCCCGAACCAAUGAGUAUACAUCAGCACACCAAAAGAAGUAUGGAGAUCAUUGAAAAGCACAAUUUAAAGGUUUAUGGGAUUGGAGAAAUUGGAUUAGAUAAAUUGUUUCGAGUACCCGAUGUUGGGUUUUUGGGAAAUCCGAAAAGUAACAACAUUGCAAAUGACAAUGGUAAUAAGCUGCCGCCACCUGACAAGGUAUUAUCAAAGUCACGAGUUACAAUACAACAUCAGAUGGACAUUUUUAACCACCAGUUGGAGUUUGCACAACGUAUGGACAAACAGGUCUCAAUACAUUGUGUAAAAGCCCACGGUGCUUUAUUCGAAGAGGUGAUGAAGUACUCUUCAACAUCAUCAAAAAAGUUAAAAUCGACUACAACAGACUCACAAGCUACCACAUCAACAUCUGCAUCGGGUUUACCGCCUUUAAGAGUAAUAUUACAUUCAUAUACAGGCUCCAUCGAUCAAGCGAAACGAUGGGUUAAGGAAUGGCCAAAAGGCGGUAAAUUGUUCUUUUCCUUGUCAAAUUGGAUUAAUGGUAGUGAAGAUAAAGAGGAAACAUUGAAGGGUCUCAUGGAUAUAGUGAGCCUUGAUCAAAUACUAACAGAGAGUGAUAUUCCUGUUGAUAGACUCUUUAUUGAGGAUAAAACGCAAGAGUACUUGGAUCAUUUGUUAGGUAUUUACGAAAGGCUAAACGUUUAUAAACUGAUAAAGUCUGACCAGAUAGAGUCAAACAUGUUAUCUUCCAUUAAUGUACAAUCAUAG